AUGGAUAAAGUAACUGCAAUGGUAAGCGAUAGUGCACCUAAUAUAAUAACAUCAAUUAAUGAUAUUUUUGCACAAAACAAAGACAAACGACUUCCAUGUUUGGCACAUCGUCUAUCUCAUGUGGUCCCGAAAGCUGUAUCAAAAUUGCCAGUUGUAAAAGAAAUUAUUGAUAAAGUCAAACGUAUCGUUACAAUGACAAGAAAAAGUUUUUCUGCUUCUGACGAAUUAUUGAGGCUUCAAAUGCGCGAUGAAAAGUCUGAAGGGACCUCACUGAAAUUUAUUCAAAGUGUCGACACCGGAUGGAAUUCUACUUUCGACAUGUUAGAAAAGUUUUUACUUUCAGACAAUUAUGUCUAUCCUGCGACUUCAAAGUGUGCAAAUUCUCCUCCUAUGCUCAGUCACGAAGAAACUUCAGUUCUACGAGAUCUUGUUCACUUAAUGAAACCGAUAAUGAUUAUUAUUACUCAAAUAAGUGGUGAUUCUUAUUUAACUAGUAGUAUUAUUAUUUCAGCCAUUGCCAUCAUGGAAAAAGAAGUAAAUAUAUCUAAACCGAAAACUCAAAUUGGAGUAACAUUUAAAGCUUAUUUAUUUUCUGAACUUGAAAAACAAUUUCAUGACAUUGAGUCAUUUAAAACACUAUAUAUUCCGAUGACCACCGAUGACAACGUAGCUGAAUUGUUUUCCAGUAGCGAGGGCCAAGGUACAGCGAUUAGCGGUUCACCGAUGAGAAAAUGUCCAGGAGUUAGAGCGGUUAAAUCUGCAGGAUCUUUAGAUAGCGGAGCGAUGGGUCUUGAAUUUAACACAGCCUCAAUCUGUGUUAAGACUGUAGCGAGUUGGUCGUAA